AAUGUAUAGUUUAACAAGACCCACCUCAUUGCACCUGCAUAGAUUUUGUAUGCGGGUACCCAACUCGUCUGUGAUAAAACAAUAACAGACAUUCUGUGUACAUUACAUUGUGCACAUGCACGAUUGAGUGUAUUAUGGCUAAUCAUGUGGACACAUUUACCUACUGAAGACAGCUAAACAACAAGUCACAGGCACAGAGGACACGCGAUAAGGUCGAUGAGUUUCACGCCUGAGUGACCCGGGUGUGAAAUCGUCUGUCUCCUGAAUGGUGCUGUUCCGCCGGGAUUAUGGCGAUACCCAGCGACAGACUGACGUUUUGGAUUGUUGUGUCGUGUCUGUUGGUUUGUCUAAGGUGUUCAAUGACGGGAAAUGAAGAGCGAGUGAUGGUAUUUGCCAACAGGACCCACAUUCACUGGGUCAAUCAGAACCAGAAGGAGCACCACAUUAUGCCCCUCGCCAAUAUCACAGAGGCCAAGUACGUGGACUUCGACCCGGUAGAGAACAUGAUCUACUGGUCAGAUGUCCACCAUGGCGGGUCAAUCUCUAAGGCCAGUCUCUGUGCUCAGGGUCAAGAGACUGUUGUUUCGGACAUUUUCCUCAAACACGUGAAGGCGGCCUUUGUGAGUAUAGCUGUGGAUUCCAUUCGCAGGACCAUCUACUGGACAAACUCAGCCAGCGACCUCAUAGAAAUGGUCAAUCUGGAUGGUUCAAACAGAACCGUUGUUGCUGAGCACGACAUGGGGUCACCUAUAGAUGUGGAGGUAGACUCUUCUGCCGGAUUUGUUUACUGGUUGGAUGCUGGUAUUAAACCAAAGAUAGAGAGCUGUUCCUUGACCGGUAUGGGCCGGAGGGUGUUAGUGGACCUGUCGGACCAGUACCCCUCUAUCUUAGAGCUGGACGUCAACACUCAAGCCUUGUACUGGAACGACAAAAACAGUAAACAGCUCUUCACGGCAAGAAUGGACGGGUCGCACGUGAGAGUGCUAAAAUCCGGAAUACCUCACAUUACGGGGAUAUUCAUUGAAGGGAACUAUAUUUACUGGACUGACUGGUGGAAUAAAGACAUAGAACGAAUCCCCAUCACUGGAGACGAUGCCCCCACGGUCAUCCUGAGCCCGGUCAAGGACAUGGAAGAUCUCAUCAGCAUCAAGGUCAUUCCGGACAUCGUCCACUGCCCACCGCGCCCGGCGUACAAAUUCAAAGCCCACAACACAAUAGUGAACAGGACAGUGGAGACCACGUUUACGUGGAAAGCCGCGUACGGCUGGAAAAUACCACAGUACUUUGAAUUGGACCAGAGAGACUCUGAUUCCCAGAUAUGGGUAGAGGUGUAUAAAAUAGCUGCAGACGGGGAGAGGUCUGUAACACUAGAACUGGAACACAGCCAGGAAUAUCACUUCAGAAUACGAGCCUGUAACGUAUAUGGCUGCAGCCGUAAAAACACACCGGAAGUUAAACUUACCACAGAAAGUAUAACUGAAAUCCUGUCACCAGAGGAACAUUUUGACGCUGUACCGAUUCUAAUGAAAGCUGGUAUAAUUUUGGGAGGCGUACUGGUUUUUAUUGGAGUUAUUCUGUGUGUCUGGGGUUAUUGGAGAUCUCGAAAAAGAAAGCAGAAAAGGUACCGCGCAGUUAGGUACUCUGUGUCGUCAUACGUCACGUGACCAUUCGAGAUCCUUAGGGGACUGUUCAUCUGCAUAUGUAUAUUACCUCAUGUUCAUUUCGACAUUUGAUAUCUUGUGAAUUAAACAUUGAAUAUAAAACUCGUUGUUAAAUUUGUAUGAUGAGAGCGAAUGUCGCAAUGUUACGUGUAUCGAUUGAUUUCUUAUUUGUGUUAUGAUGUGAAAAGUAAUUUUGUGGCAAGAAUCAUCGUGAAAAAAAUGUUAUAUGCUUUAAUGUAUAAUCAAUUAAAUCCACGUCAUAUUGAA